CCUACUUUCACCUUCUUGUUUCAUUUAUCUCUCACUUUUUGCAAUUAAGGGCUUUUAAAGAUUUCAUUUUUGGGUCUUCUUGUAUUGAAGAUUCCUGAAAAAAGUUAAAACUUUUUUGUGAUACAAAGAAUUUCCUGUGGAGAUUUUAAAGCUCCACAGGAAGGUGUUUGUGUUUCCAAGCCCAUCCUGAUUUUUUAUCUGCAGAUUUUUGCUUAAGGUCAUCCAUUUUCUAAUCUUUAUUCUAGUUUUUUGCUCUAUUUCUUCUAAAGAUUAGAACUUUGAUGUUGUUUUGCUAGUUUUUCUGUUUUUGUUUUUUUUUGGUUUCAUUUUUGCUGAGUGUGCAGAAGAAAAUCUAAGGAGGCCUUUAGUGGGUGAAGGAAUAGUUGAUGAAUUUAGUUUAACUGAAAAUUUGGGAACUUGGGUCAAAAGGGUAUGCUAGAUCUUUUGGCAUGUAUGUAUGUUAGAUCUAGGCAUGUGCCAGAUCAUUUUUAUUAUUAUUUUAUUGGGGCUUGUGUUAUCUGGGAAUACAUUUAGUAGAGGCUUAAGCCAAUGAGAUCUCAUUCUUGUAACUUGGCUAAUAGUCCAAGGGUUGUUCUGCUUUUAUCUUAAUUCAGUUGAUAUUUCCAGAUAAUCAAGUUUUGCUUAGUGGAUGGACUGAAAAGGGGGAUUGAGAUGUUGGCAAUGUUAAGGUUGUUGUUUCUGGUACUGUUGAUUUCUUUGGUCAUUAUAUCUGUUUCAGCUAAUGAUGGUGAAUUCUUCAAUUGCUGUGAUGAAGAUGGUUUUUGGAGUAUACAUACUAUUUUAGACUGCCAGAAAGUGAGUGACUUCUUUAUUGCUGUUGCUUACUUUUCUAUCCCUCUUGAGUUGCUUUACUUCAUUAGCCGCUCGAAUCUUCCUUUCAAAUGGGUUCUAGUUCAGUUCAUUGCUUUUAUAGUGCUUUGUGGAUUGACACAUUUGCUCAAUGGAUGGACUUACAAUCCUCAUCCUUCUUUCCAAUUGAUAUUGUCCCUAACCGUUGCGAAAAUCCUUACUGCCCUUGUAUCUUGUGCAACUGCAAUCACCCUUUUGACUCUGAUCCCUCUUCUCCUAAAGAUAAAGGUCAGAGAACUUUUUUUGGCACAGAAUGUUUUAGAGCUAGAUCAAGAGGUUGGGAUGAUGAAGAAACAAACAGAAGCUAGCAUGCAUGUCCGUAUGUUGACACACGAAAUUAGGAAGUCACUUGAUAAGCACACAAUAUUAUACACUACACUAGUUGAACUUUCGAAAACCUUAAAGUUGCAGAAUUGUGCUGUUUGGAUGCCAAAUGAAAGUAGGUCACAGAUGAACUUAACACAUGAAUUAAGCCCCAGUUCUGCUGCAGAAAGUCAUCGUUCACUCUCAAUUAAUGAUCCAGAUGUGUUGGAGAUAACAAAGAAUAAGGGAGUAAGGAUUCUGAGGCAAGAUUCAGUUCUUGCAGCUUCGAGCAGUGGAGGAUCUGGUGAACCAUGUGCUGUUGCUGCUAUUCGGAUGCCACUGCUUCGUGCUUCGGACUUCAAAGGUGGGACUCCAGAGUUGGUUGACACUCGUUAUGCCAUUUUAGUUUUGGUUCUUUCAAGUGUUGAUGAGAGAGUCUGGAGCUAUGAUGAGAUGGAGAUAGUGGAAGUAGUUGCUGAUCAGGUGGCUGUGGCUUUAUCCCAUGCCACUGUUCUUGAAGAGUCUCAGACGAUGAGGGAGAAACUAGAAAUGAGAAAUCGUGUGCUUCAGCAGGCUCAAGAGAAUGCUAUGAAGGCAAGCCAGGCAAGGACUUCGUUUCAGAAGGUGAUGAACAAUGGUAUGAGGCGGCCUAUGCACUCAAUCUUGGGUUUGCUCUCCAUAUUUCAAGAUGAGAAAGCAAGUUCUGACCAGAGGAUGAUUGUUGACACAAUGGUGAAAACAAGCACUGUUCUCUCAACACUAAUAAAUGACGCAAUGGAGAUAUCUGCAAAAGAUGAUGGAAGGUUUCCAGUAGAAAUGAAGCCCUUUCAGUUGCAUUUACUGGUCAGGGAGGCUUCUUGUCUUGUUAAGUGUUUGUGUGUCUAUAAGGGAUUUGGGUUUUCUACAGAUGUUCCCACUUCUUUGCCUAAUCAGGUGAUGGGCGAUGAAAAGAGAACUUUUCAGGUUUUAUUACAUAUGGUAGGACACUUAUUAAAUGUCAGCAUUGGUAAGGGCUCUGUUAUAUUCAGAGUCGUUCUAGAGACUGGAGCUGAGACUGGGAAUGACAAAGUUUGGGGAACAAGAAGACCAAGCACGACAGACGAAUAUGUGACCAUAAAAUUUGAAAUUGAGGUUAGCCUUGAAGGCUCUCAAUCUGAUAGCUCAAUCUCGACUAUUCACUUUGGUGGAAGAAGGCAUAACAGCAAGGAAGUAACGGAGGGCUUGAGUUUCAACAUGUGCAAAAAGCUUGUUCAGAUGAUGCAGGGAAAUAUAUGGAUGUCCUCGAAUGCCCAGGGUCAUGCGCAGGGGAUGACACUCAUUCUCAGAUUUCAAAAGCAGUCAUCUUUUAGGAAACGCAUGUUUGAAUACAGAAAUCCUUUGGAGCAACCGAUUUCUAGCACAAUGUUCAGAGGCCUUCAUGUACUCCUUACUGAUGACGAUGAUGUAAAUAGACUGGUAACUAGAAAGCUCCUCGAAAAACUAGGUUGCCAAGUAACUGCUGUUUCAACCGGUUUUCAAUGCCUGAGUGCUCUGGGCCCUUCACUAACAACCUUUCAAGUACUCAUCUUGGAUCUUCAAAUGCCAGAAAUGGAUGGAUAUGAAGUGGCAUUGAGGGUGCGUAAGUUCCGCAGCCGUAGUUGGCCGUUGAUCAUAGCCCUGACUGCUAGUUCAGAGGAACAGGUUUGGGAGAAAUGCCUACAAGUGGGAAUGAAUGGUCUAAUAAGGAAACCUGUUCUUCUACAAGGCUUGGCUGAUGAACUUCAACGACUCCUUCAAAGGGGCGGCGGUGGUGAUGGCUUGUGAGAUGUUAGUACUAAUGGUGAAUAACAAACUUCAAAAGGUUCCUGGAAAAACAUGAGAGGAGACUUUAAUAUAUCAUAUAAUACCCAUAUAGAGAUAGCUUUACAUCUUUGUUAGAUGAAACAAGCUUCUUCCUAACCAUGUAGCUACCACCAGUUUCCAUUAUGUAAGUAUAUAGGUCUGCUUGCAAUUCAGUUCUCUUGGCUUAUGUUGAAGUGAAAUAUGUCAAGAUAGUGGUAUGGGGGUUCCAUCAUUUUUUCCUCAGAAACAGAAGAAUGUUACUGAUUUGAAAAGAAAUCUUUAAUCCUUGCAAGCUUAUACUUGUUCCUCACACAUGUUAGUUUUGGAUACAAACAUUAUAAACUUUGACUA